AUGUCUCAGGGCAACCAAACCAGCCUGCCUACAUUCCUCCUCCUGGGGUUCUCAGACCUCGGGCUCCUGCAGGGACCCCUGUUCUGGAUAGUGCUUCUGGUCUACCUGGUCACCUUGCUGGGCAACUCCCUGAUCAUCCUCCUCACGCGGGCCAGUCCUGCCCUACACUCGCCCAUGUACUUCUUUCUGUGCCACCUCUCAGUGGUGGAGCUCCUCUACACCACAGACAUCGCGCCCAGGACUCUAACGGAUCUUGCUUCCCCGGGGCCCCGGACCAUCUCCUUUUGGGGCUGCGCGACCCAGAUGUACGUCUUCAUAGUCCUGGGCAUCGCCGAGUGCUGCCUGCUCACAGCCAUGGCCUAUGACCGCUACGCCGCCAUCUGCCGGCCCCUGCAUUACACCACCCUCAUGAGCCAGCGGGCCUGUGUGGCCAUGGUGGGCACCUCCUGGCUCAUGGGCCUCGUCACGGCCACCACCCACUCCUCCCUCAUCUUCACCCUGCCUUUCCCCAGGCACCCGAUCAUCCCACACUUCCUCUGUGACAUCCUGCCGGUACUGAGGUUGGCGAGUGCUGGCAAGCACAGGAGUGAGAUCUCUGUGAUGACAGCCACCGUGGUCUUCAUCAUGGUCCCCUUCUCACUCAUAGUCACCUCGUACGCCCGUAUCCUGAGAGCCAUCCUGGCGAUGGCCUCCACCCACAGCCGCCGCAAAGUCUUCUCCACCUGCUCCUCCCACCUGCUUGUGGUCUCACUCUUCUUCGGGUCGGCCAGCAUCACCUACAUCCGACCCCGGGCAGGCUCCUCGGCGACCGCAGACCGCGUGCUCAGCCUCUUCUACACGGUGGUCACACCCAUGCUCAACCCGGUCAUCUACACUCUCCGCAACAAGGAGGUGGCAGGGGCCCUGCGGCAGAUGGUGAUGAGGCCGACCCCUCGCCCUGACCGGCUCCAGGGAUUGCUCAGGAACCCCACUCUCUGCCCUCCCACCCUGGGCUCUGAUGUCAUCCACCAAGACUGA